AUGGCGAUCAUGGCCGUAGCCGCUCUCUUUCACGCCAGAUUCCCAAUUUUCCUCCGUCGCAGUGUUCCGUCUCCGUCGUAUCCGUCUUCAGUUACUUACUAUCGCAGGACUGUUAUAUCCGAUGGAUUCAGCACCCGGCUACGAUCGAUUAUCCGUUAUUCAUCGUCCGACGCCGGCGGCGAAGGCGGUAGUGGAAAUAGCGAUGCAGGUGGCGUUUACGAUUCCGGUACCGUCGUUUCGGAGGUCCAGAGUCCCAAUUACUUGAAGUUUACCGAUGAAGAGUUGAUGAAGCAAUGCAGAUUUGAGACAUUCAGAGUCUCAGGGCCCGGAGGACAGCACCGGAACAAGCGCGACUCCGCCGUCCGAAUUAAACAUCUCCCUACCGGAAUCGUAGCUCAGGCCGUCGAGGACCGUUCGCAGCACAAGAAUCGUGCUUCUGCUCUGAACCGGCUUCGCACUCUCCUCGCCAUCAAAGUGAGGAACAAAGUGGACCUUGCUGCGUACUCUCCUCCUCCAGAGCUUCUUCAGAUUCUACCGCCGAAAUCCACCAUCAGAACUUCUUCUGGUUCACAAAUUGGUCCCAACAAUGCUAAAUUUGUACCUGGAAUGCAAGCUUUGCUUGACGUUAUCUCUGCUUCUGACGGUUCUAUUGCAGAUUCUGCUAAAGUUCUGGGUUUGAGCACUGGUGGCUUAUCUCGUUUAAUACUCUCCCAUGAUGGUCUUCGUAUGGCAGUUAAUAGCAUGAGAGCAGACAAGGGAAUGAAGCCUCUCAAAUAG